UAAAGAGAACAACAUGGGGAAUUGCAGAGGAUCGUUCUUGGCUUGUUGCGUGUUAAUGCUUUCUUUGCUCGUCGGAGGUGAAAGUCUGGCACCAGAAAAUAAGAAUAAUUGUACCUACAAGGUUACCAUACAGACAACAUGCACAAAGGACGCUGGAACCUCAAACCAUGUCCGACUAAGAUUUGGCGACACAAAUUCUAAUGACAUAUUGGUUCGGCGACUGAAUGCCAAGCACAUGAGGAGGGUGGAUCCAUUGGAGCCUGAGGUCCUCGACGAUGUGCCUAGAAAACCAUUUCAAGCUUGUAUGGUGGAUGAAUUCCAAGUAAAGGGUCAAUGCGUGCACUCACCCAUCUGCUACCUAUACCUGAAACUGACCGGAGCCGAUGAUUGGCGACCGGGAUUUGCACAGGUGGCGGUGGUGGAGGGGACUCAUCUCAGCUCAGAUAAUUUCUACUUUCAUUUAUACUUGCCUAGGCAUGCAUGGCAUGGUUUUGAUUUGUGUGAUAGGGAGGUGACUCCUUUUGGGAUCAAGCACAAAAGGAAGGUCUUUGAAAAGAAGCUAUCUAAUUAA